AUGCUGUCAAGACUGCCACAAAAGGGAACAGAGUCAGAGAAUGAAAAGGACAAAUUAGUCUAUUUUUCUUACAUCAAUGACAUGCCUAUCUCUGCAGCUGACAUUGCAAAAGAAACAAGAAAAGAUGCAGUAUUGUCAAAGGUGCUGCAGUAUACACUGACUGGAUGGCCAAAUUGCUCAGAGGAUGACAAUCUCAAGCCAUUCUUUCAAAGAAGGGAGGAGAUUACCACAGAGGCAGGAGUUCUUCAGUGGGGCCUGAGAGUGAUCAUACCUCAGAAGUAUGGAAACAGAAUACAAAAUGAACUACACGAAGGACAUCUCGGAAUGAACAAAAUCAAAGCAAUGGCUCGUCCAUAUGUACAUUGGCCAAAGAUAGAUCUGGACAUUGAGAAAAUGGUCAAGGACUGUCACAGAUAUGCAGAAGGAAAGAACAUGCCAGCAGCCGCACCGUCAAAACCGUGGGAACGGAUUCAUGUGGAUUUUGCGGAGUACGAAGGUCAGAAAUAUCUCGUGCUGAUCGAUGCUCUCUCAAAAUGGCCGGAAAUAAUACCGAUGACAACAACGACAGCACAGAACAAAUGA